AUGGGAAGAGGGAGGGUGGUUCUUGAAAGAAUAGAGAACAAGAUCAAUCGCCAAGUAACCUUCUCAAAGCGUAGAAGUGGAUUGCUGAAGAAAGCUUUUGAGCUUUCUGUGCUGUGUGAUGCUGAAGUGGCUCUUAUAAUAUUUUCUAGCCGUGGCAAGCUUUUUCAGUACAGCAGCACUGAUGUUAACAAAAUCAUUGAGAGGUAUCGCCAAUGUCGUUACAACAAAUCACAGGCUGGCGAUUCUUUUGAACAUGAAUCACAGAGCUACCAUGAGUUCUUGAAAUUAAGAGCGAAAUAUGAAUCUCUGGAACGGACACAAAGGCAUUUUCAAGGAGAAGAACUGGAGCCACUAAGCUUUAAAGAAUUACAGAGCCUUGAGAAACAACUAGACAUAACGCUCGCACUAGCUCGUCAGCAGCAAAUGAAGAAGCUUAUGGCACGAACUGAUGAAUUACGUGAAAAGGUGCACAACUUGGAGGAGCUUAACAAUCAAUUACAAUCCAAGGAAAGAGAUGGAUUCUCAGACCUCGUUCCUGAUAAUAACAACAAUAUUCAAUUACAUGACACACAAGCUAACCAUUUUGAAUCUGAGACAACAUUAAAUACAUGGUUUCGACAUCAUGAAGCUACUUCAAAAGGAAAAAUAAUUGACAGUGGAACAGAAGAUAAUCAAAGGAAUCACCACAAAAACAAUGGAUGGUUGCAGUGA